UUAAACGUCCUGGGUGAGAGUGAGUUUGUCGUCUGUUGUCUUCUGCUCCUAUUCUCAUGAGGCUGUCGUGGUUUUCUGGUUGAUGGCGUUCUAAGAGGAGAGCUGGUCAGCCUGACGUUGGUUGAAUAUGUCGGAACAAAUGGAGGAUGCAGAGAGAGACUCUCCCGUUAUGGAAGAACAGCCACCCGAACCUUGGCGACAGAAGGUUGCCAUGCUGGUUUUCGAUACCCUCGAGGAGAUGUACUUUGCCGGAAGACACACUGAUGUAGAAGUAAUUGUUAAAGAUAAAUCCUUCCGCUGUCAUAAAGUAGUCCUCUCGUCCGUUUCACAAUACUUCGACGCCAUGUUUUCUUCAGGCAUGCGCGAAUGCCACGCGGGUGUUGUCCACUUGCAAGAAAUCGAAUACACAACAUUUGUAGACAUCCUGGACUUCGUUUAUUCAGGCAAGCUAAACAUAUGUACCGAAAAUGCAGAGGAGCUUUUACGAGCAUCAACUAUGUUUCAAAUUAAACUUCUUCACCAGAAAUGUGAGGAAUUUCUAAUAGAGCAUGUCACUGUUGAUAAUUGCAUCGGUGCUUGGAGACUUGCAAAAUCCCAUGAGUGUAAAGAAUUAGCAAAGAAAUCGUGGUACAACAUCCUUGAAUGUUUUACAGAAGUGUGUAUGUCUGAGGACUUCAACUACCUUGACACAGGAGAAAUGUUCGAAAUAAUAAAUGACGAUGAUCUUCAAGUCACAAAUGAAGAAAUUGUUUGCGAUGCUGUAUUCAGAUGGUAUCGUUUUGAUCCUGAAAAUAGACAAGAAAGUGCCUCAAAAUUGUUCGAGCAUCUGCGACUGCCCUUACUAAGUUCAGAGUAUCUCCUGCAAGAAGUCGAACCAAUGGAGCUUGUUGUUAAAGACCAAAGAUGCAGAGAAGUGGUCAAAGAGGCUAUCAGCUACCAAAUGCUGCCAUCAAGAAGACCCGACUUCAACUCACCAAGAGUGAAAUUCCGACGCUAUGCUAAUAUGGAGGAAGUAUUAGUAAUUAUCGGUGGAUACAAUGCUUCCAACGAGAAAGUGUCUGAUGUUUUGGCCUACAGUUUCACAAGAAAAACUUGGUUUCAGCUUAUGUCUUUACCAUUGAAGCUUGGAAGAGAGUUUGCAUCAACAGUAUACGGGAAUGAUAUCUUCGUAUCUGGGGGAUCCCAGAAAUUAGACUUACUUUUGCAGUACAGAUCAGAUACGAAUGAGUGGGGACGUUGCCCAAACAUGCCACAAGGUCGUAGGCGUCAUGCUAUGGUCGCUGUAGGUGAAUCAUUAUUUGUACUCGGUGGAUAUGACGACAAUCAAACAUACGAUGCGGAUCGAACACUUAAAGACAUUAGCGAAUAUACAAUCAGUUCCAGGAGUUGGAUUUCGUGUGGUGAGCUUCACACACCUGUUCGUUCAAUGACGGCUGCUGUGAACAAAGAGAAGAUCUUCGUGUUUGGAGGUUUGCUUGCAGAUGAGAAAGAAACAAACAUUGUGCAGUACUUUGACACACGUCUUAAGACUUGUUCUCGAGUGGAAGACCUUCCAUACCCUUGCAAAAUGAGUCGGGCUGUCGUGUGCGAUAAACGGGUAUUUAUCGUCUGCACAGAUGGUAAUAUUCUCCAACAGGAUGACAACAAUGACUGUAAACGAGUUGCUAAGAUUCGCAGUUUCAAUCGUAGAAGAUUUGGGGCCAUACAUCACAAAGGGAAUAUUCUUAUAGCUGGUGGAGAAUGUGGAUCGUCUAUUUACAAAGACAUUUUCACCUUUAACCCAGAUGUUGAAAAGAGUGAAACAAUUGCGCGCAAAAAUGUGCCUUCAAGAGCAAACUUUGCAAGUCUCAAGCUGAUACUUCACAAAAAGUUCCUGAAGUUUGAAGUCAAGUUUGAAAAGGCGUGAACCAGUAGCGAACAUGUACUUAUUUUAGUGGCAUGCCUUGUUGGUUCGCAUUUUAAAUUUUGUUUAGGGUAAAGCUUUCCAUUUAUCUCAAGCAAUCUUUUUAUUUGGUCGAUAAGACAUAUUGGAAUUUAUCGUACUAGUAUUUCAAGAUAUUUUAUGACAUGUGCACACGGAACAAUCAGGUACAUUUAAUGCCCCAUCAUCAUUUAUUUAUUUUAAAAUAUGGUUAUGGUGUUGAAGUAGUCCAACCUAAAUUAAUACGUUUAUAUUUAAACAAACAACAUAGCGACACAUGUACUAACUUUAUCUUGAAUCCUAUGACCAUAAUGAACAUGCCGCAGAACCAACCUGGUAUAAAUAUGCAUAACUGUUAAACCAAUAGUCAGAACUGUUGUAAUUGAUAACAGUUCUCGCGGCAUUUUGGGUACAAAAUGACGUCAUUGGCGAUUACCCAACAAAAGGUGGGGUUGAAAUUCACCCUGUGCUUUUUUAAAAUUGUGCUUUAGUCACCCUUCGGGAUGUGAAGGGGUCAAGCCAUAAUGCAGCACAUAUAGGGUGCGGGCAGACCUUUAUAAACUCAACAACAAGAACAACCACCAUUGGAUAUAUCUACUAUAAUCACGUGAUAACCAUGGACAAACAAAUGCACUUGGACUCGGAAAUAUAUAAAUAUAUAUUAUUUUGCUUAACAAAGAGGGCGGACUUUAUAUUAAAAAAAUAACUACUUGCUGUGGACCUUUUGUAACUCUUGCUGCAUAGUCCACUUUUAGGUAGGAGGAGGUAUCACUGGAAUUUAGUCUGGAAAUGCCAUAUAUGUCGAUUUAUAAACUGUAGCGAUGUUUUAUUUGUUCUGUUUAUUAACAAAGCUCAACUAAGGCAGGUUUAGCUUACGCGUUAAUCGAAAGGUAUGGAGGAUCAAAUGUGGAAGUGUCUUGCAUACUUUUAUGACCGCAACAUGUUCAGGCACGUGUUAUGAAUCGUUCAAUGGAAUUUUAGCGACAUACCGUGUACUUACACGCACUAUCUGUGCAAUUUGAUUGAGGAUUGGGAGCCAUUUCCCCCAUUUAUAUUUAAAGGUACUCGCUCAUAUUUGUUUAAAAAAAAAUUGUAUGUCGAAAGAAAAUAUGUCAAAUCAUAAUAAGUGUUAAAACUAAGACUCUUAUAGCUGGAACCCUUCUGACAGCAAAUGGUGACAAUUUUAAAUAGCGUUCAAAACGCAAUUAAUCACUUUAUAACAACAACUUUGUUGCGUAAUUGGUUGAUUAAAAGUUUUACGUGAUUUUAUCAAUGUAUUGUUAAGUUGUCAAUUGGCUGUUUCCUCUCUAGUAAAUGCCUCGGUGGCCUGGGGUAUAGAUGUUCGUUUUCUUGACUUUACCGGUGUGCGUUCGCACCCCAUUAAAUCUAAAAUACUUCUUUUUCACAAUACUUUUAUUUUUCCUGCAAUUUCGAUAUCAUAGCGUAAAAUAAUGAUUAAACAAACUUAUUUUGGAUCCAAAAACACGAGCGAGUACCUUUAAAUACGUACAUAUAGAUUUCGUUUUGGACCAAGUGGGCGUAGUGCUAUUUAAUUUAGCCGUAUUUACAUGUAACUAUCAUUUUGUAAGUGUGUUUUUAUGUUUCGCUCAAAGAAAAAUGUUUUGUAUCAUUAAAGGCAGAAAAUAUAGCUUGAUGCAAAUAUGAUCAUAUAAAUAUCACAUACAUUUUUUUUUUAAUUUUAAGGAUUAUCGUGUCGUACUCAUUUGACUUUAUAUAUCAAAGAAAAAAAAUG